ACCCUCCUUUAUCACCCCACUAUUGGCUAUAUAAGGAGGGUCACUGUCUUCAUGCCCGCUUGUUCUCCCUAGGCCUUUCGUGCGAGUAAUCCUUAGCAGUCAUGGCUCCGUCCUAUAAAGAAGUGGUGGAGGGCGCCAGGAAGGUCUAUGCUGAGGGCAGGACGCGGCCCAUCGCUUUCCGCCGUCAGCAGCUGCAGCAAUACAAGAAGAUGCUGAUCAAUCACAAGGAUGAAUUUCUAAAGGCCCUUGUUUCUGAUCUGAAUAAGCCCCAACUCGAGGCGGUAAUCUUCGAGGUUGACUUUGCUCUUAAGGACGUCGACUUCUUACUGGAGAACCUGGACAGACUGGCUAAGACGGAGGAGGUUAAGUCUGUAUUGCCCGGGGACAAGUCGUUGUUGGUAAGGGAGCCCUAUGGUGUAGUUCUCGUGAUGGGUGCAUGGAACUACCCCCUGCAGCUGUCUCUCAUUCCUGCUGCUGGUGCCAUUGCUGCGGGUAACACUGUCAUCAUUAAGCCCUCAGAAGUGUCCCCUGCAACUGCCAAUGCCAUCGCCAAAUACCUACCGCAGUAUUUAGAUAAGGAUUGUUACCGUGUGGUGCUGGGUGGCAUUCCAGAGACCACGGAGCUGCUGAAAGAGAGGUUUGACUAUGUCUUCUACACGGGGUCGACCACUGUGGGCAGGAUAGUGAGGGAGGCGGCUAACAAGUACCUCACCCCCACCACCCUGGAGCUCGGGGGCAAGUGCCCUUGCUACGUGGACGCAACAGCAGACCUGGAGAUGGCUGUGCGUCGCAUCCUGUGGGGCAAAAUGUUUAACCUCGGCCAGACGUGCAUCGCUCCUGACUAUAUCCUGUGCCCUAAAGCGGUACAGGACGCCUUCAUCAACAAGGCUAAGGAGGUGUUGAAGGAGUGGUACGGAGAGGAUAUCAAGAAGUCCCCUUAUCUGUGUAGGAUUGUUGCCGAGAGACAUGUCGAUCGUCUGGUUAACUACCUGAAGGACGGCAAGGUGGUGAUUGGGGGGCGCUAUGACAAGGCCAGCAAGUGGGUGGAACCUACGGUGCUGGUGGAUGUCAAGGAAAAUAGCGGGGUCAUGAGGGAUGAGGUGUUUGGUCCUAUCUUGCCUAUCUUCAACGUCAACACCCCUGAUGAAGCGAUUACUUUUAUCAACAAGGGAGAGAAGCCACUUGCCAUGUACGUCUUCAGCAAUAACAAGGCAGACGUGGACAAAUUCCUGGAGAGGGUUUCCUGCGGGGGUGUCACGGUCAACGACACUCUUCACCACGCAGCCAACCCCAACCUUCCCUUCGGUGGUGUGGGGUACAGUGGCAUGGGCGCCUAUCACGGGGACCAGACCUUCUACACUUUCACGCAUAUCAAGCCUGUGCUGCUGCGAGAAUACGACCAAACCCAAGAGAUGAUGCUAAGUGCUCGCUACCCGCCCUACACCGCGGAUAAAAUCAGGAUCCUUACUUCAUAAAAGGGAACAACAACAGCGGCACAGGCACCACUACCUCCACCAUAGACCAGUGACAAAAACAAGAACAAUUAUCUUUUUAUUACCAUGAUUAGAAUAUGAGGACUAUUUGCUGCAAUAUGUACGAGAUAUGUAGGGAAUUUUUAAGCCAUCAAUACAUGUGGCUUCCCUUCAAGUUUGUUAAAAUAUUGUGGUGCAAGAAGACAUCAUUUGACUGCUAUGGUUUCUCAAAAUUAAUAAAAUGUCUUGGAGCAA